AUGAGGGCUGGGGUUGGUGUUUGCGGGUUGUGGGUGGUGGCGCUGGGGGUGCUGGGGGUAUGGGGUAGUGGUGUUGGAGCGUGGGGAUCAGAUGACGAGUUGUUGCCGUGGGAUGCCGCUGCUGAGCGGGAGCAUGCAGGCUGUGCCCUUGUGUUUGGGCCCGCGGCGAGUGCCUUGGGGGCGAGCCUGCGACCCUGGCUGACGGAACAGGUCCCACAGCAAGGCCUCGUCGUGGCUUAUGAUCUCAUGCAAGAUAGCGACGCCCUCGUGUACCCGCCGCGGCCCCGUGCUCAGUCUUGCCUUGGCGCACCUCCCAGCCGCCCUCCCCCCGUCGCUUUUCCGCACGCGCUGAACGCCGCCGCCCUGCCGCAGUUCCUGGAGCUGGUCAACGCGGCAUGCGGCACGUUUUUGGCCCCAGAUGGUGGGCUCACGGCGCUAGGUCGGGCCGUAAAGGAUCAGCAAGCUCGCCUCUUCUAUCCAGCCCGGCAUGCAGAGGCGUGUCCGGAGCUCGAUGCCGCCAGCCUCGACUCUGCUCGCUUUUGGCGCGACUAUAUCCUGCCGGCCCGCCCUGUCAUUCUUCGCGGUCUUCUGGCAGAUAGUGUCGCCAUGACCAAGUGGAGCAAUGAAUACCUGCGUCAAACCUUUGGCACGCAGGCCGUGCACGUCAAGUUUGCACCCUUGGGCCAGUUUGAGGGCAUUGAAGAUGCUGGCCUCUGGAACGCGCGUCCAGAGCGCAUCCCCGCGGCGGUGCGCGCACAACUAGCCCACCCCGAGCUUGUGGUGGUGCGCCCAGCCCAUCGUGACAUGGCCCUGCGCCAUUUUCUGGAUUUUGUUGAGACGGCUCGCGUGGUCAAUCGCACGGCCACGGCCUACCUCGAGUACACGGAAAUGGCCGCCCACUUUCCCGCGCUCUUGCCCGAUCUGCCCCCCCUGCCCAUCACCGCCGAGCUUCCGCUACGCCAUCAAAACCUUUGGCUCAGUGAUGGCCAUACCCGCGGCAAGAUGCACUUUGAUCCCUUUGAGAACAUCCUGGCCAUGGUGUCGGGGCAGAAACGCCUAUUUCUGUACGCUCCGACCAACAACUCGCUUCUAGGCGAGGGGCAUAUCCCCGAGGCCGAGCUCACCUAUUACCCACACCUCGACGAAUUUCGCCGUCAUCGCUUACAAGAAGCUACGGCCAUGGUCAUGGCUGCCGUUGAUAUCGAGGCGCCCGACUUUGCCGACCGCCACCCGCUUCUGGUUCAGGUGCCCUAUCUCGAUUGCACCAUCCAGCCGGGCGACGCCCUCUUCAUGCCCGCCUUUUGGUGGCACGAGGUCCAGUCCCAGCCCGACGCCGACGAGCACCGCAACCUGGCCGUCAACUACUGGUAUGAGCCCGUGUGGACUCGCGAAUUUCCCUGCCCCACCUGCGAUCGUGUCUACAACCGCCACAUCUACGGCGAUGCCCUCCUGCGCCACCAAGCCCAAGACCAACCACAUACCCCACCCGCGCCCUCGUAUAGCCACCAUCAGCCCCAUUAG